CAUUGUGAGAGAGAUUGAGGGAGACUUUGCCAGAUAGAUUGGGCACUAGCAAUAACCGCCGCACCACAAAAAAAACACGUGCAUUUCGAAGGUGGGUCUCUCUCUCAAAACUCAGAAGACAUUUUCGAAAUUUGCAGAGGAACCAGGGCCAUUUUCCGGCCCGAUUUGUACUCUCCUUCCACUUUGAAUUGUGAAGCAUCGCCGUUCUCUGCAGCAGGGAGGUCCUUACUUCCUUUUUUCGGCAACAAUGGCGACUGCCCUCAAUCCUCCUCUGCCUUCCUCCACUCCCCGAUCGACACGUCUGACGGCUUUCUCCUCCUCUUUUUAUACCUCCUCUCUUCUUCCUAAACUCUCUCUCCAUUCUCUAAAUAGAGACUGCAAGUUCAAGUUUGAAUUGAGAGCCUUGGAUCAAGAGUUGGGGUUAGGGUUAGGGUUAAGGUCACGCCACAGUUCCUCUGACACAGGACACUUUCAGUUACUGUCGAGCUCCUCUGCAACUCCGAUGUCCACUGCUGCUGCUUUGAAAGCGUCUCCGCCUGUGUUGCCUGUCAAAAGGGUUUGCCUUUUCUAUUGUGAUGAGACCAGAGAACUUGCAGAGAGAGUUGCAGCUGAAUCGGAUGCGGUCGAGCUAAGGAGCAUUAGUUGGAGGACAUUCGAGGAUGGAUUUCCUAACCUAUUUAUACCAAAUGCACAUGGCAUUCGAGGUCAACAUGUUGCUUUUCUGGCCUCAUUUAGCUCUCCUGGAGUAAUAUUUGAGCAACUAUCCAUAAUAUUUGCACUGCCAAAAAUGUUUACAUUGUCGUUUACGCUUGUCCUUCCGUUUUUUCCCACUGGAUCUGUUGAGCGCAUGGAAGAGGAGGGAGAUGUGGCAACAGCAUUCACACUUGCUCGCAUCUUAUCAACUAUACCAAUUUCAAGGGGAGGCCCAACCAGUUUGGUCAUAUUUGACAUUCAUGCCCUGCAGGAGCGAUUCUACUUCGGUGAUAAUGUUUUGCCUUGCUUUGAGAGUGGGAUUCCUUUGCUCAAACAAAGGCUCCAACAGCUUGAUGACUCCAAUAAUAUAACAAUUGCAUUCCCUGAUGAUGGUGCAUGGAAACGAUUCCAUAAACAACUUCAGCAUUUCCCUAUGAUAAUCUGCACAAAAGUUCGAGAGGGCGACCAACGCAUUGUACGCCUCAAGGAAGGAAAUGCUCAAGGUCGCCACGUGGUGAUAGUUGAUGAUUUGGUACAAUCAGGAAGUACCCUCAUUGAGUGCCAGAAAGUGUUAGCAGCUCAUGGUGCAGCAAAAGUAAGUGCCUAUGUGACUCAUGGAGUGUGCCCUAAUAGAUCAUGGGAGCGGUUCCAGCAUGAUAAUGGAGUGGGUCCAGAGAAUGGGUUUUCCUACUUUUGGAUCACAGACUCUUAUCCACUUACUGUAAAGCAGGUAAGCAACAGGCAUCCAUUUGAGGUCCUUAGCCUAGCUGGUGCCAUUGCAGCCGCUCUCCAGAUAUGAUUGUGUCGAGACGGCAAAUGCUCAUGGAGGGAAAUUUUUGUUUUUGUGAUCCAUAAAGUUUGACAUGUUCUUAUUCUGGUGUUAUUAUUGCAAGUUGGAGGAGGAAAAUAAAUGAGCUGGGAUGAGGAAACUGUUGAUCCACUUAAUCUCUGAUCUUAAGUUUAGGAGUAAUUGAUGCUUACUUA